GUGACAGUAUGCGUUUUUGUGUGGCAUGACAGAAAAUAAAUAUGGCGGUGAAUUUCAGUGACCGCCCUAGACAGAUAGACGAAUCGAGUGUAAUUCUAAAAUUAAAAUAAAUUUUUAAUCAAAAUCAAAAGAAAGCGAGCAACGUUCACUCGAACCCGUACCAAAUCGGGCCAAAUGAUUCAAUUCGCAUUUUCAACAAACGAGAAAAAACAUUUACAACCAUUUUGCUCACGGCAAUUUUAGCAAUUUUUGUUUAAAAUAAAUCUUUAUUAUUUCUGUAUUUCAAUCACUUUUUUUUAAAAAAGAAAAUAAAUAAAUAUAUUGCUCUUCGCUGGCUGCAUUAAGUUCGAUUGUUUGUGUAUGUGCUUUAACUUGUCAUUUAAUUUCUGUCGAGUGAAUUUGGUGCGAAUCUUCUCCACGGGCUAAAAUUAUGUUGUAUAACUUAGAGGGAAGAAAAAACAACAGCAUAUAGAAAAUCAUACAGAUGAGAGAAAAAAAGAGCCAAUACGGCAACAAGAAAAUACAGAAGUAGCAGCAGCAGUAGCAGUAGCAGCAACAACAACAACAGUAGAACUAACAACUGUAAAAACUUCUUAUGCUAUGUGCGCGUAGUAAAUAGUUUCAGUGUAGAAAACGCACAGAAAGCAACGAAAACAACACACGAAAAAAAAGAAAUCUAUUUUAUUUUCAAAAUGAAAUAGACAUUGGGACAGAGAAACGUACGGACUAAUUGCAACGGGCAACGAGCUGUGAGAAUAAAAAACACACGAGCUAAAUUGAACAAAAAGAAAAAUUAUUGUGUUUUUUAGAAAAAAAAUAAUACAACACUCAUUGAAAUUGAAACAAACAAGAGAGAGAUACAUACACACAAACCACAAAUUGCAUUAUCUUUCCACUAUUUUGAUUGAUAUUCAAAUUGGAUCAUUUGUUGUGUUUGAUAUGUGUUGCAUUAUGUGAUCGCGUACAUUUUAUUAAAUUUUUUUCUUUUACCCGGAGUGGAUUUGGACAGUUGCAUUGCAAUUUUUAAACAAAUUUUAUGUUCUCUCACAUGUGUGUGUGUAUGUGCGUGUUGAAUUGAAAAAAGCUACAGUGGCUGAACGAAAAAAAAAACAACAAAAGAGAUUCAUUGUUUUUAUUCUCUAUCUCGUCAGUUCGUCGAUUGAUGCAUUUACAAAGGGAUUUUAAACAGUAGAAUCGAAUGAAAUUACAACGGAUAAAUGAAUUGGUUCGGCAUUAUCAACGUAAUAAAUUUGCAUUCAGGUUGAAUAAUCGCGCGCGCAGAAAAGAAUAGUCGCCAGAUUUCGAUAUCGCAACACAUCGAGAUAACAGGACGGCGACCGAUAAAAGAAUCACUGUGAAAUAAAUUCCUUUAGUUUUUUAAUUUUUUUUUUUUAAUAUUUCGUUAGCCUUUCUUCGAUUGUUAUUUGUUGUUGUGUUGUGUUUUAGUUUUUUUAUACAGUUUUAUUUUAAAUUUGUGUUUGUGCGUGCGUGCAUUUUGUGUUACUGUGAAAACGAAACAGAAAAAAGUUUGAAAGAGAGAAAAAAAAAUUGAAACAAAACCGAAAGAGAAAAGAAAUUAAAAUACAAUGUCAUUUGAUGCGCGCAACAAUUCGGCUGUAUUGAAGCGGGCCGAGCAACUGAAACGAUGGGAAGAUUCCGACACAAAUCGUGCAUCGAACACACCAAAAGAUCCAGCAACGCGAAAAGUCAAAUUCUCAUCAGGUUGCGUAUUUUUAGCAGCCUGUUUAUCGGGUGACAAAGAAGAUAUAGUACGAUUAAUCGAAAAUGGUGUGGACAUCGACACCGCUAACGUUGACGGAUUGACAGCAUUGCAUCAAGCAUGCAUUGACGACAAUUUAGAAAUGGUAGAAUUUUUAGUGCAGCAUGGAGCUGAUGUAAAUAAACAAGAUAAUGAAGGUUGGACUCCAUUACACGCAACAGCAUCUUGUGGAUUUCUUAGCAUAGCACAAUAUUUAAUAGAGAAUAAUGCCGAUUUAGCGGCUGUAAACAGUGAUGGCGAUUUGCCCAUCGAUUUGUCCGAUUCGGAUCGCAUGCAUGCAUUGCUUGAAAAGCAUUUGAUUGAGCAGGGCAUUGAUUGUGAUGAAGCACGCCAAAGUGAAGAGAAAAUCAUGCUACAUGAUGCUGAAUGUUGGCUACGAAACGAUGCAUCUGAAGCGGAUCGUCAACAUCCUCGAACCGGUGCAACUGCAUUGCAUGUGGCAGCAGCAAAAGGAUAUAAUAAAGUAUUGGGCCUACUGUUGGCCACCCGUGCCGAUGUUGAUAAACAGGAUAAUGAUGGAUGGACACCAUUACAUGCGGCAGCACGUUGGGGCCAAAAAGAGGCUGCCCAAAUGUUAGUCGCCGCACUUGCCGAUAUGGAUAUUAAAAAUCAUGCCGGCCAAACGCCGAUCGAUGUUGCCGAUCCAAGUAUCAUUAAAUUCCUUGAGGAACUUCAGAAGAACUAUAAACGAACCGCAAAACGAAGACCUGCUAGCCAAAUUCGCCUUAGUGAUAAUAUUUAUAAUCAUUUUAAUUUAGAAACACCACAAAAAGUUAUUUGCGUCGAAAUGAAAUCAGACACGAAAAAUAUCGAUGAAGAUAUUCCAAUCAAACCACCAAGUGAACCAGCACCAAUAGCCAAAGAAAGUCAAUUGAUUGAAGAUGAGGCACCAUGGCGACGACCAACAUCGAUUCGCCUCAAUCGAUCAAAUCAACAUGAGAAUCCACCAAAAAUACAAGUUCCUGAAAAAGAAUCCCCAAAUACAUUGGAUAGCGAAGUAAUGCUUCGAAGAACCCAAAGCUUUGAAAAUGAUGAAAAAUUUUAUCAAAAGUACUUAGAAUUGCGUCGGCGGAUAAAUGCGCAUUCUUAUCCAGUUUCACCGGCUACAUUAAAUACUGGCAUCAUUGGUGUAAAUUCUACUUACACGAUUGCACCAACGACAUCAACAACAACUACGACAAAUAAUUUUACAGUACAAAGAUCGGCCUCACUUAAAGAUUACAAACCAUUAAGGAUAAACUCAUUGCCUCCAACAGCCGUAGCAUCGACUGCUACAAAUAACACGCUCACCACUAACACGACAACAACGACCGCAACAACACCGGUCGCGCAACAACAAAGAAGAUCAUUUGUACCGCCAGCCCGUGAUGAGGAGAGCGAAACGCAACGUAAAGCCCAUGCAAAACGAGUUCGUGAAACAAGACGUUCGACGCAAGGUGUUACAUUAGAAGAGAUCAAAAGUGCCGAAGAAUUAGUUAAGAAAAAGAAUUUGAACAAUAAUAACAAUAGCAGUAGCAACAACAACAACAACAAUAAUAACAAUAAUGGAAAUGCAACGACACCAAGUGUGGCAUCGAGUGAAACAGCGAGGAACGCUGCAAUUAAAACAAAUGAUGAUGAUGAAAAUGUAACGUCUGUGACAUUAGUAUUGCCGAAUAGUCGAACAUCAUUAACGUCAUCAUCAUCAACAUCAUCAACAUCGACAACAACUUCAGUAACAAUGAAUGUGCCUGCUGUGAUGUCUUCAUCCCCAUCAUCAAUAGCAAAUAAAAAGACUGAUUUGGAUUCGCUUACAAUGAAAGCGUCUCCAACAAAACAAAACAUAGCUGAUAGCAGCAAUAAAAUGAUAACCAAAAUAUCAACGGAUGUAAUGCCAUCGAAUCAAAUGCAUAAAGAUUGUAUGUACGGUUUGGGCAUUACGGAUGACGAUAAAAAUGGUAAAGCAGCAAUUCAAAAGCGAUCAUUGCUUGACAUUGAUAAUGCAAGCUCGUUAUCGUUAGCCGAUAAAUUACGCAACGAAGCCAAUAAGUAUUCCGAUGAGAACGCUGGACGUGAGCAUUUGGGAACAAACAAAGAUGCCUUAAACCUAGCCGCAAACGAACAAACUGAUAAAAAGACUGGAUCACCAACGACACCCACAUCGCCGACAUCAUUAUAUCAGCCAAACAUUGUGGCCAGUUCAACAACUGCUGCUGCCGUCGCCACCACCACAACAAAUAGUCACACGAAUGAACGUCGACCAUCGUGGCGACUCAAACUAGACGCUGGAUGCAAGUUCAAAUUGGAAGAUGCCACUCUACCAGCAAGCAGCACCAAUUCAAUUGACAAUAACAAUUUGAUGACGGGACAACGACGAACAAAUUUAACAACAACCAAUACGGUAUCGCGUCCAUUAUCUGCGCCAGUUGUGUCGUCAUCGACCAUUGCAGACAAUUCAAAUGACCGAAGCAAGGAACCUUCAAUAAUUAGCACCGAUGUCACCAUAUCGCUAAAAAAGAACCGAAGUGGAGAGGAUAAAGAAAAUGAGAAAGAGAAUGAUAGUCGCGGUGGGCAAGCAACGCAAGCAAUCAUUCAACGAAGACGAAGACCAAAGAGACGUUCAACUGGUGUAUGCAAUGUUGGCACCGAGGAUGCCGAUAACGAGCGACAAGACUCGCCUGUUGAUGGUGAUGAGAGUGGCAGCGAAAAGAUCUCAGCAAGAUCACGCCUUGGCUCGAGCAGUUCAAUCACAUACGAACAAAGUCCGGUUGCCGAUAAUUCAGAAAAUGGUGGCGAUGUAAUCGAUUACAAGGCAUUGUAUGAAGCAGCCAGAUCGGAUAACGAGAAGCUUAAACUUCAAAUGAAAAAGAAAGAUGAUGAUCUGAUGAAUGCCAGAGCGGCAAUUGAUAGAUUCACAAAUGCAACAACAAAGAAUACAUUAUCCGAACUGGAAAAACGUGAGAAGCGUGCCAUGGAACGCAAAAUCUCUGAAAUGGAGGAAGAGCUCAAGCAACUACAAAAAUUCAAAUCCGAAAAUGAGCGUCUACGUGCCGAGAAUCGCGCUCUCACUCGUGUUGUUUCAAAGUUAACACUUUCUGCUCAAAAUCAACUCCAAAAUAAGAAAUAAAUGCACAAAAUGAUCGAUAUAAAUCUCUAAAAAAACAACCAAUUAAACGAAUUACAAUCAGACCGAGAAACAAUCACCGAAUCGAACAGAUCUGAAUGCAAAUAAAAUUUAGAGAAAUAAAUUAUAGUGUUUUAUAUACUCCAAAACGAAUGAAAAAAAAUCAAAUGCACAACGUUAUACAGAUCAUCAAAUUACAAAAAGGGUCGACAACAUGUAUAUCACUGGCCAAAAUCAAAAUAAAUGAAACAAUAAUAAAUCUCAAUCAAAUCUCCACUAGAACGAAUCUAUAUAAAUCGCGAAAAUAUUUAACGAAAUCAUUUGAAAAUAAAUUUAAAAAGAAAAAAAAACAUAUAUCAGACAACGCCAUUCAGCCAAAUCACACACUUACACACAAUCGAUAGAAAAUAUUGCUUCAUUGAUGGAUGAAUUUUGAACUCAAUGUGUUAAUACUUGAAAAACUUGCGGUAGGAUGACUUAUUAUCGAAUCAACUCGAUGUGUUGAAAACGGAAAAUCAGCGGCUGCGAGACGAGAAUGGAGCAUUAAUCCGUGUUAUUAGCAAAUUAAGCAAAUAAAAUGGAACCGUAUGUAAUAUCAUCCUGAUUUGAAAAUGGAAGAAAAUCUGACCUGUGUUCGCGGAACAAAUGUCAAAAUCAUUCGAAUAAAAUUCGUCUCUUUGUCAAAUUUAGAGUACAUUCAUUGCAAUAAUUAUAAAUACAAACAAGGCAUAAUCAUUAUCACCAUCAUCAUCAUCAUCAUCGACAUCAGCAUCAUCAUUUUAAAAUUCAGCGACAUCAACAAAAAAAAAUUUAAAACAAAGCAUAAUAAUUAGGAGACACGUAUUCCACGUUCAAACGUUGAUAUUUAUUUAUGUUCAUCGAUUGAGUUUUAUGCAACAAAUAUACAUGAAACACACAAAUAAUAGUUCUUAUGAUUUUAAUUUGCAGUCAUCCAAGAGUCUAUUUUAAUUCCUAUUAGAAGAUUUUAGAUGUUUUUGUACUGAUUGAUUGAUUACCACAAUAUAAUUCUCCAAUUUGUACUAUCUCUUUCUCUUUCGUGCGAUAAACCAACAAUUGAAACAAAAACAAAUACUAAUUGAAAACCAAUUAUGAACAAAACAAUCGAAACGUAUCCCGUACGUAGAUCCCGAUAAAUUUAGAUUUGGUUUAAAAUAUAAAUCAAUUCAAAUAUGAAUUGAAAGAUACCAAACGCGAGCGCAUUUGUUUCUGUUUCAGUAAAAUUAUCGUUUAGCAUGAUUUUUUUUAAAUACAUUUUUAUCGCAACAAAA